AUGUCGGCCCCCUCCCGCGAAGAGGAGUUUAUUUAUCUGAUCUCCUGCUUUAGGACCCGGCUCACGCAGUACAUACGGGUGGUGCCGGUGCUGGACUGUCUGGACACGCUGAGCGUGCAGGAAAAGGAGCGGAUCCGGGCGGUCGCUCGGCAGGGGGGCGAGCAGCAGGCGGCUGGGGAGCUGCUGGGGGUCGGGGAGCGGGGCUGCAAGGAGCCGGGCUGGAUCCAGCAGUUCGUCACCGCGCUGCAGCAGGGGGGCAGCGAUAUGGCCGUCUGCUACGUGAACCCCAGCCUGAGCCAGCUGCCCUCGCCGGCGGAGGAGGCCGACCACGACAUGUGCGUGAAAAUGGUGCAGCUGCUCUAUGGCACCCUGGUGGACAAGCUGAUGAGCCCGGAGGUCACUAACAAGUGUGUGGAGAAGGGACUCUUGCAGGAUGAGGACCAUGAACGGAUCUUAGCUGUAAUUGCAAAUCAUGGGAAGAGAGAUGGUGCACGGGAGUUGUUAAGUAGAAUAAUAAAGAAGAAAGACUGGUUCUCUCCAUUUUUGGAUGCCCUGCGUGAAACUAAACAUGGACACCUUGCAGAUGAACUAUGUGGAAAUAUACAAGAAACUGAAAAUAAGGAAAAUGAGAUCAAGCUGCCAGCAACUACAGAUGAGGAUGUGGAAGCUGAAGAGCCACUGGCCUCUGCAGUAGGGGAGGAGUUGAAGCAGAGAGAUGAAAUGAAUGAUAGUCUGGCCAAUGAGAGCAUUAUAUUAAAAACAUCUUUUGAAGACACUUCUGUAGUUUCAGAAUCUGAAGUCGGUUUGCCAGAUGCAAGUGUCAGUAGCUUAAAUGAAAGCCUGGGACACAGUAGCACCACUAGUGGUGAUUCAGAUGAAGAUGAUAUGGACAAAAGAGCUUCCCCAGAACCAGAGCUGAUUCUCCGAGAUUAUCAAAUGGAGGUUUCAAAACCAGCACUGAAUGGACAGAAUGUUAUAAUAUGUCUCCCUACAGGCAGUGGUAAAACCAGGGUGGCUGUUUACAUUACCAAAGAACAUUUGGAUAAGAAGAGAAGAGCAUCAGAGCCUGGAAAAGUUAUAGUACUUGUGAAUAAGGUGCCAUUAGUGGAGCAGCAUUUCAGAAAAGAGUUCAACCCAUUCCUGAAGCAUUGGUAUCGGGUUACAGGAUUAAGUGGUGAUUCUCAGCUGAAAAUCUCAUUUCCUGAAGUUGUAAGAAAAAAUGAUGUAAUUAUCAGUACUGCUCAGAUCCUUGAGAAUGCUCUGCUAAAUGCAACCAAAGAAGAUGAAGAAGGUGUCCAGUUAUCAGACUUUUCUCUCAUCAUAAUUGACGAAUGUCAUCACACCCAGAAGGAAGGCGUCUACAACAAUAUAAUGCGACGUUAUUUAAAAGAAAAGAUAAAAAACAAGCGAUUGAGAAAAGAAAACAAACCCCUGAUUCCACAGCCUCAGAUCCUGGGACUGACUGCUUCACCUGGUGUGGGAGGGGCAAGAAGUCAACAGAAAGCUGAAGAACAUAUUUUGAAAAUUUGUGCUAAUCUUGAUGCAUAUAGACUCAUGACCGUUGAAGAACAUGCCUCCCAGCUGAAAGAUCAGGUGAAGGAACCAUAUAAGAAGUUUGUGAUUGCAGAUGACAAAAGAAGGGAUCCAUUUAGAGAGAAAAUUAUAGAAAUCAUGACAGACAUUCAAAAUUAUUGUCAGUUUAACCCAACGUUUGAAUUUGGAACUCAGCCCUAUGAACAGUGGGCAGUUAAAGAAGAGAAGAACGCUGCAAAAGAAGAAAAACGUAAAGAACGUGUUUGUGCAGAGCACUUAAAGAAAUAUAAUGAUGCCCUACAAAUUAAUGACACUAUCCGAAUGAUUGAUGCAUACAACAACCUCAAUAACUUCUAUAAAGAGGAGAAAAGCAAGAAAACAAUAGUAAAAGAAGAUGAGGAUGAUGAACCAGUAUCAUCAAAUCUAGAUGAAACAGAUAUGUUCCUGAUAAAAUUAUUUUACGCAAAGAAGAAACAGCUGAAAGAGUUGGCUGGAAAGCCAGAGUAUGAAAAUGAGAAGCUCACACAGUUGCGAAACACCUUAAUGGAGGAGUUCACAAAGACUAGUGAAGCUAGGGGAAUUAUCUUCACAAAGACUCGGCAAAGUGCAUUUGCCCUUUUCCAGUGGAUUCAGGAUAACACGAAAUUCGAAGAAGUGGGAGUUAAAGCUCACUAUCUAAUUGGAGCUGGACAUAACAGUGAAUUUAAACCCAUGACUCAGAAUGAACAAAGGGAAAUCAUCAGUAAAUUCCGUGCUGGGAAAGUAAAUCUACUUAUUGCUACUACUGUGGCUGAAGAAGGCCUGGAUAUCAAAGAGUGCAACAUUGUUAUCCGCUAUGGUCUUGUCACCAAUGAAAUAGCUAUGGUGCAGGCCCGGGGUCGAGCUCGAGCUGAUGAAAGCACCUAUGUGCUGGUGGCGUCAGGUGGAUCAGGAGCUGUUGAACGUGAAAAUGUUAAUAUAUUUCGCGAGAAAAUGAUGUAUAAAGCUAUUCAACGUGUCCAAAAGAUGUCACAGGAGGAAUAUCUACAUAAGAUUCAAGGCUUUCAGAUGCAAAGUAUAAUGGAAAAAAAAAUGAAGGCAAAGAGAGAUCAGCUUAAGACUUACAAGGAAAACCCUUCACUAAUAACUUUCCUUUGCAAAAAUUGCCAUAAAUUGAAAUGUUCUGGGGAAGACAUACAAGUUAUCGAAAACAUGCAUCACGUCAAUGUGAAAAAGGAGUUCCAAGACCUUUACAACAUAAGGGAAAAUAAGACACUGCAAGAAAAACAUGCUGAUUACCAAACAAAUGGUGAAAUUAUCUGUAAAGACUGUGGGCAAGCGUGGGGAAAUAUGAUGGUGCAUCGAGGUGUAGACCUGCCUUGCUUAAAGAUCAGAAAUUUUGUAGUUGUAUUCAAGGGUAAGAAAACCUCAAACAAAGUUUUCAAAAAAUGGGGAGAGCUGCCAAUCAACUUCCCAGUCUUUGACUAUGCAGAGCAUUAUGUUUCCAGUGAUGAAGAUUAAGAAUUUGUUCAAGAAUGUGAAGAAAUCCAAAUAUUCAACAUUUUUUUAACUUCUGUGAUCAGAGGGGGGUUUUUUGCACACAGAAGGCCAAAUGUUGCAUCUUGGACAUUACGGAAGGCCUUGAAUGUGGUAAGACUGCUGUGUGAGAAGAAGAAGGCUGUGGAGAUGACAGGAUUAUGCUAUAGGGCAACUGUGUGCAUUCCAGCGUGCAGUGGAGGUUUCGGGUGGCUUGAGGGAAAAAGAAGACCCAGUGCAGCCGGGCUUUAGUCUGGGUUCACAGAACAAACCUAUUCUAUCUACAAAAUCCAAUCAACUGUUAUCAAGGUCUACCUUUUUAAUUGCAACUGUCUUUUUUUUUUAAUUGUAAUGAGUGCCUUUUGCUGGCUGUGGUUUUCUUCAAAUAUUUUUGGGGUUUUAUCUCAAAAGACACUUAUUUACAAAAUGUCUUGAUUUUGUUUGUUUGUUUGUUUAUUCAAAUGUGCAUGUGAAAGCAGGGGCCAAGAAUAAGUUUUCGGUGGCACAGUGGAGUAUAGGGUAAGCAAGCAAUAGCCAGUAUAAGAGUUGGUGACAGCCACUAAUCUGGUCAUUUCCCUCCCCUUCUUCUCCAUGCUUACAUUGCUACUACCUUGUUGUCUCCAUUUCUACAUUAUGCCCUGGAAGAGGAGUCAGGUGAGGGGAAUAGAUUUACUUAGUGCUGUUUUCCAGAAUACCCUGCUUCUCAUCCUUUAUGCCAUCAGUUGGUGACUCCCAAAUGUGUUACAUGGUCAGACUAAAACUAAACCAGUAUUAAAACAUGGUUUGAAAUAAUAAUGUCUUUAUACUCAUUUAAAUAUCCAGCCUCUCAGAUCCUAGAACUUAAGCAACAAAUAUAGUUUUCCAUGUGCAGUAAGAUGAAAAGACUGUAAAAUGUUUGAGGUAAAAUAAGGUAGUCCCUGUACAUUGUGAUGCACCUUAUUUCUUGCAACCAUAAGUGCAUAGACAUUCAGAUACAGUAAUUGUUGAAGCUUUCCUUCAGGAAAUAUUUUUUAAACAUUUGGUGUGAAUUCCUGGCCCUAUAUGAAGUUGAUGGUGAAACACCUAUAGAUUUCAAUAGGAUCAGGAUUCCAUAAUUGAAAUUUAAAGUGCAGCAAUGCUCUGAAAAGUAACUCCAAAAAUGGCAUCAUGUGGUUCCAUAUUUGUCUCACUGACAGAUUACUUACAAGUAAAACUGUGUUUUUGUUUUGUCUUCUGAACUAUCAGCCUUGUAAACUCAAUCUGGAAUGUCUGAAAGUAAAGCUGUGUUCUUUGGAGUAUCAUUGCUGGUAACCCUGCCCAAACAAGGUGUCAAAAGUGCAACUGAGGUACAAUUGCAUUAUUCCCCUUUCUGCAACUCAAGAUGAAGAUCCUGCAGUUGAAACAUAGCUAUAAAUUCCUUUUGAUUGUGCACAAGAUAGAAAGCAAUCCAGAGCAGUCUCUCUCACAUGUAUACUAGUUUUAUGUUUCUGAGGCUAUGUCUAGACUGCACGCUUCUUUCGGAAGAAGCUUUUCCGGAAGAAAUCUUCCGAAAAAAUUUCUUCAGAA